UCUCCUCACUUCAAAUACAAACACUUCCUCCUCCUCCUACAAUACUAUUCAAUAUGACUUCCUUCGUUACUUCUUCAGCUGUUCUGUUCGCUUUCCUUGCUUGCUACUUCAUGGCCGCCUCCGGUGCAGGCAACCUCUACCAAGAUGUUGAGAUUACUUGGGGAGAUGGUCGUGGUAAGAUCCUUAAUAAUGGCCAGUUUCUCACCCUCUCCCUUGACAAAGCCUCUGGCUCAGGCUUCCAAUCCAAAAAUCAGUAUCUCUAUGGCAAGAUUGACAUGCAGCUCAAACUUGUCCCCGGAAACUCUGCUGGCACCGUUACUACUUUCUAUAUGAAGUCGCCAGGGUCUACAUGGGAUGAGAUUGAUUUUGAGUUCUUGGGAAAUUUGAGUGGUGAUCCUUAUAUUCUUCAUACUAACGUAUUCUGCCAAGGAAAUGGAAACAGAGAGCAGCAGUUCUACCUCUGGUUCGAUCCAACUGCUGAUUUUCAUACCUAUUCCAUCCUCUGGAAUCCCCAACGCAUCAUUUUCUCAGUAGAUGAUACACCCAUUAGAGAGUUCAAGAACUUGGAAUCCAAAGGUAUUCCUUUUCCCAAAAGCCAACCCAUGAGAGUCUACUCCAGCUUGUGGAACGCCGAUGACUGGGCAACAAGGGGUGGCCUGGUGAAGACAGACUGGAGCAAAGCUCCUUUCACUGCUUCCUACACGAAUUACAAUGCUAAUGCUUGUAUCUUUAACAAUGGAGCAUCGUCUUGCUCUUCUUCAACCUCCUCCGGCAGCAAUGCUUGGUUCUCUGAAGAACUUGACACCACAAGACAGGCAAGACUGAAGUGGGUGCAGAAGAAUUACAUGAUUUACAAUUACUGCACGGACAUCAAGCGCUUUCCUCAAGGUCUUCCUCCGGAAUGCAAGAUGUCCUAGCUAGAUAUAAAAAUUCCCCGCGCUUGUUUUGAUUUUUACAGCUUGUGUGCGUAAUUAUAUUCUUUUGAUUCUUUAAAACUGCUUGGAUUGUAUUAAUUAUGUAAAAUUUGAUCACGCAACAACUGUCUUCCAUCUCACAUUCUCACCUCACUGCCUCACUCCCCCUUCCUCGCUCUUUCCCCACUUUCCACACUAUAAAUUCCAAUCCAAUCCAUGCAUUCUCCUCACUCAAACACAACAACAACAAUAUCAAUAGCUCCAAAUCCACAAACUCUUCUCUUAACCUUCCUAUUUUGAUGCUUACAUUUCUCAAAAUGAGGAGUUCUUGGUUUAUGCUUCUUCUACCUCUUGUAGUUGGCUGUUUGAUGACAGCUUCCUCCGGCAACUUCCUCAACAAUGGCCAGUUUCUCACCCUCUCCCUUGACAAAGCCUCUGGCUCAGGCUUCCAGUCCAAGAAUCAAUAUCUCUUUGGCAAGUUUGAUAUGUAGCUCAAACUUG